CACAAGACAGAGGGAGGCAGCACUGGAGCAGGUAGUGUCCAUGUUGCUGGCUAGGCUUGGGAGCCAAGGCCCAAAUAAACAGAUCUGGGCCUCAGAGGGGGCUACAGGCCCCCUCAACACUCAGAGCUUCCCCGGCCCCUGAAGCAACGUGGCUAGCCUCAAAGAUGCCAACCAACGGCUUGCACCAGGUGCUGAAGAUCCAGUUUGGCCUUGUUAACGAUGCUGACCGCUACCUGACAGCAGAGAGCUUUGGCUUCAAGGUCAACGCUUCGGCAGCCAGCCUCAAGAGGAAGCAGAUGUGGGUCUUGGAGCCUGACCCGGGGCAGGGCACCGCUGUGCUGUUCCGCAGCAGUCACCUAGGCCGCUACCUGUCAGCGGAAGAAGAUGGCCGCGUGGCCUGUGAGAUGGAUCAGCCAGGCCGUGACUGCCGUUUCCUGGUCUUGCCACAGCCUGAUGGGCGCUGGGUGCUGCAGUCAGAGCCACACGGCCGCUUCUUUGGUGGCACAGAGGACCGACUGUCCUGCUUUGCUACAGCCAUCUCCCCCGCAGAGCUGUGGACCGUGCACCUGGCCAUCCACCCACAGGCUCAUUUGCUGAGUGUGAGCCGUCGCCGAUAUGUGCACCUGUGCCUUCAGGAGGAUGAGAUGGCAGCAGAUGGUGACAUGCCGUGGGGUGUGGAUGCACUAGUCACCCUCAUUUUCCAGAGCAGGCGGUACUGCCUCAAGUCUUAUGACAGCCGCUACCUUCGCAGUGAUGGCCGCCUUGUCUGGGAGCCUGAAGCCCAUGCCUGCUACACACUGGAGUUCAAGGCCGGCAAGCUGGCCUUCAAGGACUGCGACGGCCGAUACCUGGCACCUGUGGGGCCUGCCGGCACGCUCAGGGCUGGCCGCAACACAAGGCCCGGCAAGGAUGAACUCUUCGACCUGGAGCAGAGUCACCCACAGGUGGUGCUGGUAGCUGCCAACCGCCGCUAUGUCUCUGUGAGGCAAGGAAUCAAUGUCUCAGCCAAUCAGGAUGAAGAACUGGAUCAUGAGACAUUCCUGAUGCAAAUUGACCAGGAAACAAAGAAGUGUACUUUCUACACCAGCACUGGGGGCUACUGGACCUUGGUCACUCAUGGAGGCAUUCAGGCCACGGCCACACAAGUUUCUGCCAACACCAUGUUUGAAAUGGAAUGGCAUGGCCGGCGGGUGGCACUUAAAGCCAGCAAUGGGCGUUAUGUGUGCAUGAAGAAAAAUGGGCAGCUGGCCGCCAUCAGUGACUUUGUGGGCGAGGAUGAGUUCUUCAUCCUCAAACUUAUCAACCGACCCAUCCUGGUGCUGCGUGGCCUGGAUGGUUUUGUGUGUCACCGCCGAGGCUCCAACCAGCUGGACACCAACCGGUCCACCUAUGAUGUCUUCCACCUGAGCUUCAGGGAUGGCGCCUAUCAGAUCCGAGGCCGCGGAGGCGGGUUCUGGUACACGGGCAGCCACGGAAGCGUGUGCAGCGAUGGGGACUUGGCGGAGGACUUCCUCUUCGAGUUCCGAGAGCGUGGCCGUUUGGCCAUCCGUGCCCUUAGUGGCAAGUACCUGCGUGGAGGUGCCUCAGGGCUGCUGCGUGCUGAUGCGGACCUGCCUACAGGGGAAGCCCUCUGGGAAUACUGAGGACUCACAGGAGGUCGACCCCAGAGCCCACUGACCCAGCAUUAAACCUUUGUUGCAGAGUUGC